UCCCUGCUACGUAAUCUCGGGGACCCAUCCUGGCCGGUCACGUUGGCAGGGCGGGGCCAGGAGAGAGGUACGGAAGCCGAGAGGGGUCGGCUGCCCAGCCGCUCCGCCAGCGAGGACCUCUACCCCCAAGACAAGAUGGUCUACAUCUCGAACGGACAAGUGUUGGACAGCCGGAGUCAGACCCCAUGGAGAUUAUCUCUGAUAACAGAUUUCUUCUGGGGAAUAGCGGAGUUUGUGGUUUUGUUUUUCAAAACUUUGCUUCAGCAAGAUGUGAAAAGAAGAAGAGGCUACGGAAGCUCUUCCGACUCCAGAUAUGAUGAUGGAAGAGGGCCGCCAGGAAACCCUCCACGCAGAAUGGGCAGAAUCAAUCAUCUGCGCGGUCCCAGUCCUCCCCCCAUGGGUGGUGGAUGAGGAAGGUAA